UUUCCCUAAUCGGGGCGGGACCGUUUUGCCGUGCAGGGCGUUCUUUCUGCGGUCACAGGCGGAGUAGUCGUUCUAGGGGUGGGUCUUUCUUGGCAAAGGAAAACCCACCUUUUUCAUUGUUUGGUUCUCGAGAAGGAAUGUAAUGGUUUGAUCUUGCGGUGCAAGGGACGGGGCUGAGAGAAGGAACUAGCGAGGACCCUGCUGAGAGCUGCUCUGUUCAUCCUCGAAAAGUCAAACGCGACUGAGUAGUUAGCCCUUCCAGAGAGCUACCAACGAAAAAUUGUCACCGUUCUUCUCCCGUUGUUCAAGGUGAUCAAAACUCGGACACGAACUUGGAUCACCAUUGAUAGCGGAGACAAGGCUGAAAUAAAAAGUAUUCGAAACUUCCUCCUAAAGGUAGGAGGAAAUCAUAGGGACCUAUCCUAUUUGAAGUACCCGGAACCAUUUAGAAAACACCACCAUACAAAUGUGUACCCCUCCAUCAAACAAUCAUAAAGACCUCACAGUAGAUUAGCAUUAGAAAGAAAAAAUGACAGACACAACAAAUCGCCAUCUGAGACACAAGUUGCAGAGCUUCGGACGACGUCUGGAUGAGCUUGAAGAGGCCAGAGGCAAAUUACAGAAAGCUGAAGAUGAACUUCUUGACAUUCAGGACAAAAUCAUUCAGGCUGAAGGGAGUAAUUCCUCACUGCUCUCCGAUGUGGAGACAAUGCGAAAAAGAUUGCUCAAAAUUGAAGGCAAAGAUGAAGAGGUCAGGAAAGCGGAGGAUCUUUGUCGUGAGGUUAGAGAGAAAUUAGAUCAGGAAGAGACAAUUACCAAGGAUCUCAAAGUAGAGAUUGAGCGUCUUCAGCGCAGAAUGACUGAACUUGAGAAGCUUGAAGAGGCAUUUGGUAAAAGCAAGUCAGACUGUACGCAGUUGUGCCUUAGUCUUAAUGAGGAAAACCUGACCAAAAAGCUUGCAGCAGAGCUUGAUGCCUUGAAGGCCCGUGUCAAGGAAGUGGAUACCUCUGAAGCUCGACUAGACAUGGCAGAAAAAUCCCUUACUGCAGAGAUGGAGAAACUAAAGAGUCUCACAGACAUUGUGACUGAACGCAAAAGACUUCUGGAAAGGCAGAGAGAGGAUGAAAAAAUCAUUCUCAAGCUGACUGAGAAGCUUGAACGUCAGAAAAACAAACUAGGCCCAGCAGACCACAGCCGAUUUGAUUCUAGAGAUCUUCGAAUUGAGGAUGAGUUCUCAGAUGGCCUUACGUCCAAACUGGCCAGGAAGAAGAGUUUUGACUACUUGAAGCAUCCAGAUGACCUAGAUUUGAGAAAUGAGUCAGAGAAUGAGAAAAAUAGCUUUGAGGGGCAAGAAGAUAAUAAGGUUAAAGACCUCAGCCAGGAAGUGGAAAGAUUGAAGAAUCGUUUGAAGCAGAUGGAGUUAGUGGAGGAGGACUUGAAAAACAUGGAAUCCAAGAAUGCUGAACUGACAGAAAAGUACCAGCAGGAGAGGAACCACAGUCAAGCUCUCCAUGACCAGGUUGAGCAGAUGAAAAUGCAGCUCAAUGGUUGCAGCAGUAGUAAUGGAAACUCUGCACUUACCAGCACUACAAAGGUCCUGGAGAAUGGCAAGGCAGAAAAUGAAGAGAUCCAUGUACGAAGCUUCCGACAGGAGAAACCUAAAUUACUGAACAAAAGUCCUGCUGCUUCUGAACCAGUCACCUCAAAGUACAAAAGCAGAGAGGCAUCUCCUCAGCAGAGGCGAGAAACUAAGCAGAGGAACAAAGACCUUUGUCACUCUGCAGAAAGCUCCCCAAAGACUGUACGAAGGACUCUUAGUCCAGCACAUAAUGUUAGAAAAGGUAUAAAGACUGGUGCUUUCAGUACUAUUUCUGAUAAUGGGACAAAAGAUGGAAAGAAAGAUGAAAAAAUUGGAAGUGCCUUAAGUGCUCUCAAUGAAAGCAAGAAAGUUUCAGUCCUUAGCCGCUAUCCUCCAGCUGCUUAUGACCAAAAGUCUUGGAAGCAACCGGUCAAGCAAAAUGACAGUGAUAGCAAUAAUAGUCGAACAGAGAAGUUGUCCAAGUACCCUGGAAUUGAUAGUAAAUCAAACAACUCUGAUGGGUCACUCAUAAAUUCAGCCAGUGCUGCUAUCAUUGCUUCACUUGAGAAAGGACUAACCGAACCUGAGAAUUUAGAUCAGGAUGCUUCUGCAAUGUUGAGUCUGUCCAAGGCAAAUGGAUCCUAUACUGCUUACAGAUCCCAUGUAUCUUCAUCUGUUCCGAGUGAUCAUGGUUCUGAUGGUCACUCCUCAGCCUCUGAAACCGAAUCCAUUGGUUCCAGACGAUUGGCAGGUGGGCAAAAUGACCCCCUGAUGUCAAGCACAAGUGGAAGAACAUCAUCAAAGUACACUAGAUACUCACGGCUGCAAGAAUCUUACUCUGAUGAUUCCUCAAAGGGCCCUUUCAGUGAGGAGCAACACAGGCCUCUUACAAAGGAAGGUGAUACCCAGGAAACGAUGCAUACUACCUCAGGUAUUGAAGUCCGCAGAGUAUGCAGCCCUCGUGAAGCCCUCCAGUCAAAAGCUGUCAUCAAGCAAGCCAUUGUUGAGAUUGACAGAAAGGAAGUGAUGUCAGGGGGAAUCACAGAGCCUUUGACCACUAGUGGGAAACCCAAGAUCUCCACUAAGCCAGUAUUGACUAACAAGAUGACCAGCAGUAUCACCUUCUAUCCCAAUGACCCCAGCUCCUCUCGAACAAGCAGUCGGAGCAGUAGUUUAUCAAGCGAGCCCCCUUCCAAGGAAAGGCACACUUCCACAAGUAACAUUGUGAUCAGUCCCAGUAGUGAGCACAGAGGUAGCAUCUCUAUACCUUACGAAAUAUCCAUCCCUAAGAGUGAGAUCACUCUACGUCAAGGUGAGACUGAUACUGACUUCUCUGAAACUCACAGUUACCUUGAGACUGCUCCCGUGGAGGUAGCCCUCCUAUCUCAAAGCAGUUUCAGCCUCCAGUCUUCAGAAGCUUCAGACUUGAACAAUGACAUUGAGUCUGGGUUUGAGAGCAGAAGUAGCAGCACCACCGUGACCAACUGGAAAAGCCACCACAACCACCACUCAUAUGAUGACAGUUUGCCAGAAAUAAGAAACGUCACUGUCAGGAGCACUUGGAGCAGCAGUGGGGCAGCUUCUGUGGAUGAAUCUGCUCGAGCACUCAGGCAAGAUGGCUCAGAGGAUGAGGGUGAGUCUGCAACCACCUGGAGAGCAUAUAGGGCAACUACAGUGUUGGACACUACAUCAAAUUCCAGCACUGUUGCUAAAUGUGGAAGUAAACCCAGUCCAGGGGAAGUAUAUAUGCAUAGAAUCAACAAUGCAGCACCAUCGGCCCAUGAUCUGGGACGACGGAACAAGAAGACUCCUUCACCAGAGAGAGCUAUUGCACAUGAGCCUGUCAGUGCACAGCUUCUACAAAGAUGCCGUAAACAGCCCAUGUCUGCAGAUGAUCGAGAAAGUGCUCCGUCCUCAUGGCGAAGGCAGCCUGGGGGUGAUGUGGAGUACGAUAGGUCUGGGAGUCGUGGGGCGUGGUCUAGCAGGAACCGCACAGCUGAUGGAAGCCGGUCUUGGUCAGAUCGCCAUCUGGACAAUUGACCCAGAUUACCCACAUUUCUAACAAGAGCUCUUACAUCUCAAAGUGGCUCUUGUGCACAGGGAAUGAAGCUCAUCUCCUCUCUUCAGUUGCAUCAUAUCUUUAAAAACCCAUCAGAUUACCAGGCAGUGACUCCCUGGAACCUCCUCGUCGUACUUUUACAUCAACCACACCUGUAUGAAUUCACUAUCUUCCAGCUGUCGCUUUGGGAACAGAAGUCACAUAUUCCUACAGCGAUGAAUCCUCUUCUGCUCCUUGUAGUUUAUUGAAGUCGUCAGAUGUGACAAGGGAGAGGCUCAGACUUGUGACUGUCUUGCUGUUGGGAGGAUGUAAAGGGGGCUUUGGGACAUUUAUCACCAUUUUGAGAACCCCACACAGACCUCUCUAGUUCCACAGGUCCUGGUAGAUGUCCAAAUUUGAGUUUCAUGUGUUAUUCUCACAAGGAGCAAGUUACAGCGUGUGGCUUUCCAAGUAGUUUGACAAUCUCACUUUUUUUUCUGGAUGGUGGUUAAUUCAGGAAUUCUUUGGGAUUAUUGCACACAACUAAAAUUCAUUGAUUGUCCAGGUGUUCACAGGUAGAGCCAGUAGACAACUACAUGCUUAGAGUAUAUGCCAAGUCUUCAGUAUGCAUUCAUGUAAUUAAGCCCAGUUUUUCACCCUUAAAGCUCCUGGUGUCCAAGUUUUUUUUUUUUUUUUUCUCAUUUGUAAUCUGAUCAUGUUCAUUGAACUGUAUUCUGUGACUAGUUUGUUUAAUUCCUUCAUCUUCUCUUUAACUGAAUUUGAUGGUUGCACAACCAGCAUAGCGAAUGCACAGGACCACCAACACUAAAAUCUGGGAAACGCAUCUGCAUGGUGACCCUUUCCCGCCUCAGUAGCUCUGAAGGGAUUUUGGCUUUGGAUUCCAAACCAGCUGGAGAAGAAUCCAAUCAUCUAGAGCUCAUCUCGAUGUGACCUCGUCCAUCUGGGUAGCUAACCGGGAUUAACCCAAAUGCUGGACAUUUCUGGAGGAUUUUAAGAGCGGUCUCCUCACAGCCGCUUUGUAACUUUAUUCGCAAACUUUGCACAGAAAGACACUGAUCCAAACUCUCAGUGUGUCACAGGAAACCAGUGUUAGGGAUUCUGCUGGUCCGAGUCAGUCCCUAGAUGGGUCGUGUUUUCAGUUAUUUCAGCCGUAGAGCUUGUUGAGCCUUGAGGGUGGCUAGCAUGAUACAACAGAGGAUCCAGAAUGCUUAAGUUAGAAAUGCUUGUAUCUGGAUAAACGGCCUCACCAUUGAAAAGCAUCGGAAUGCCCAUCACUUUGUCCUCAUGCGGUUAGUACUUGUUGAAAUAUUAUUGAAUAGAGCUGCUGCAGUUGAAAUGUCUUGUACUGUUUCUAUUAGGUUUUUAAACUCCAGUGCCGCCAAUGAUUCAUUUUCUCAUUCAGGCUCAGAUUCCUCUUGUCCUUAAAACCUACGCUGAAGUAUCUGUGUGUAUUGAUAUCGCUCUUAUCCAAUUCCAUGUCUCGAUUGAACCCGACGAUGAGAACGAAGGGUCCAUUGUCCCUCGGCCCGCCAGAUGAUCUCAGUCUCCAAUGUCACUGGAAUUUGGGAUGUUUUAUUUUUCUGUUUCAAUCUAAUGCUGUACAUAUAAUUUUCUGGGAGCUGAUGUUCAGGUGGGCAGUUUGCUUUCUUUGCAGCACCUUACUUGGUUAUUACAGCUUUAAAAAGAUCCAUGCCUCACCAUCGCGGUCGGUUUUGCUUCGUUCUGGUUUCAUGUGCUUCUGUGUCCUGUAUAGUCUCUGCCCUCUGCUUGGGCUGGAUGGAGUCUUUGAAACACAAGUGGAAAUUUCUUUUUGUCUAUUGGUUUAUCCAUUUAAAGUCAUUCUAAUGAAUUUAUAAUUGCACUUAAAUCAUCAUUAAAACAGACUUAUGAAGUAAAAAAACAAAACAAACAAAAAACAGACUAUAUCCGUCUGAAAAUGUCAUUUCUGAUGUAUAAAUAAUGUUUUCAGAGCUUUGGUUUGGAUUAUACCUCAGAAAUGGAGACACUACACAUAAUUGACGUGGCUUAACAGCAAAAAUAUUUAAUGUGUAAUGAAUAAUAUAAGGAAUUUACCAUCCAAUUUAAAACGGAUAUAAUUUUCUAAAGCUGCCCAUAUAGCAUUUAUAGCAUAUAUAUUAUUAUUAUUAUUAUUAUUAUUUUUUUUUUUUUUUAAUUUAUGAAAGUUUCUCAGUAACUCAUUUGACUUCGGCCAGUGGUUUGGCUUUGUACUUCACAAAUUUUGGUUUGUGCUUUUUUCUGCACAGUAAAACCAUUGUGUUUUUCCAAAUGCCUUCCCCAGACUUCACCUCUACUUCCUGUUCAGGGGUCUUGGGCUGAAGCGAACAUGCUGGUUCCUCUAUCUCAUGCCCUUGCUUUCCCAGAAUACCUUAGUGCUCUAGGCUGCUGUAAUCCAAGCUGCCGAUUCCUAAAGCCAUUUUAUUAGCUGGCUAAAGCAGUGGCAGCAGGCCUGAAAUACGGCCCCAGGGUUGGCUUGCAGGUCGGAGGUUAGUGCUUCAUUUGAUGGGCUAACUUCUGAGGGAGGAAGUGAGACAAGCUGGCAGCAAAAAAAAGCAAAAGAGGAAGCAGAGAGGGUGAACGGCCAGCUAGCUGGGAUGGUGUCCAUGCGUGGUACCAAGAAGAACAAGGAGGUUCACCCUGGAUUCUGUAGAGUUAGCAGUUUCUCAACUUCCACAAAUAGUUUAAGGCAUUAUGAAUUGUAAAUCCUUCUAUAAUAAAUUUGUGCCUCUCAAAGCUUGAAAACAUGAUCCUAAAACUGCAGCAUGACCCAAAUCGAUGUGAUGAUAUAGUGCGAGUCUACCAGCAGAAAAUACCAGCAGACUCUUCCCUCCCAACCCCCCGGCCAGGCAAAGGUCUCUCGGUUGCUUCAACGCGCAACCGCAGCUGUCAGGAACCGUAGUUUUUAUAUGCUCUGAAAGUUUCUGAAAGCUGUCUUUUUAAACCGCAAUUCUCAAGGAAUUCUUCCUCAUUUGUCCACCCCAUUUACUAAUGUGUCAGUGUGCCGUUCGCCCUCAGUAGUCAUUGAACAUGUCUCUGAUUUUCAUUUCUCUAAUUCUGUUUUUAGCAAUAAUGGCUGUGAGAUUUGAUUACAUGUCUCAGGACGAAUCAAUGGUUAUAGUUUCACAUAUUGUACGUUUGAAAGAACUAACAUAAAAAUAAUAUAUCUUCCUACAUCAAGGUUUUCCCAUCUACAUCUCUUUUGUGUACAUUUAGGAGGUCAACCUUAACCUAGCUGUGACACAAGUCAGUAAGCAUUACCAUGUUUAACUUCUGUCAGUUGGUGAUGACUCAGAAUGGUUUUUAAUCAUUGUUGGUGACAAUUUUCUAAGCCUUAUUGAGGAAAGUAGUUGUAAUUAUUUUCUAAAUGUCAUUUAUAAGCAAUAAAGUAAUAUUGAAUGUACAGAAGAGACAUUUUGAAGGCUGUGUUAUACCCGCAUUGUGUGCCAGCAUUGGCCCUGAAAGGUCAAAAAUAGUUCACUGUGUCAUGAAAAAUCACUCCAGAAUUGCACUUAACCAGCACUUAACUUAAAUGACUCUUUUGACCUUUUCCUUAACAUUUAUGGAUUUCAUUUUCUAAUGAAAUUCUACCCCCCCACCACCCCCACCCCCAUUUUUGUAUCACUUUCCCCUUAUUAAGUGAAUGUACAGCCAUCAAAGAUGUGUAUAUAUAUACGUGUGUUUGUGCACUGGCCAGAAUGACAAUAAUUCACCUGCAGCAACUGUGAGACAGAUCUUAUAUUUUUGGGGGUUGAGACAUGGACUGUCCACAUUAUUUUUAAAGACAGCAAAGUGUUUUAUUUUCAUUUGUGACAUUAUUCUUUUUUCUGUAAGGCCAAGUGCUCUGUAUUGUCUGUUUCAGUUGAUACGUAAUGUGCCAAAAAUCAUUCCAAGAUAUUUUUGUAGUUUACAAGGAAACGAAAAGCUUCUUAAGCAUUAUUGAAAUUAAAAGGGUAAAUAUUUCUGUUGUCAAGCUUUUCCUUUAUCUGCUUCUUUUUUUCAAACUACAAUCGGAUAGGUUUUAUUUAAAAGUAUCUUGUAAUUUUGUAAAGUGGGCCAUGUUAAUUUUUUUUUUUGUUCGUUGUGUAGAUGUGUACCUUAUUGGGCUCCUGGAGAGUGUUUUAUGGAUGAUUAAUCUCAGUGUUCUAUUUUAUUCAUAAUUUGUAUCAACUAUUAAAGUUAGCAGACUCAGUUAAGUGUGUUAAUUCACCAGCUUUUCGCUUUUUUUCUCCUUUCAUUCUAAGGGAAGUGUUAGGGUAAGUAAGAUGGACCUGUUGAGCCAGGGGCUCAGAAUGGUUCAGUUCUGUACUGUUCUCAUCUUUUAUUAACCGCUCAGACUGUGGGUUUCCCUUCUGUUCAUUCAUCUCCUGUGCCGUAUUAAAAGCGCUGCCAAAGACAGAUUUCAGGCCUUAAACACACAUACACAAACAUGCUGUAACACACAGUCACUGAAUUAAAGUUUACUGAUAUUUGCUUACACUGCACAUAUAACUACAGGCCUGCAUCGUUAAAGAAGGGAGACAAAAAUUGAGAGUGUCUAUGUGGUGAUUUCUCUCUCUGAUCAAGCAGAUGUUGGUAUUGCGUGAACCUGCAGUGAGGACACAGGUGAACAUGCUCAUUGUAUUCAGCCUCUCAGUGUCACCAAUAACACUGUUUCAGUCUUCCACCUUUGUACUGUAAUAUUUGUGCAUGUUUCAGCUUAACAUGUUUCACCAGUGUGCAUGGAGCUUGAUAUCUCUUUAGGCUGAACUGCAGACUCUAUGUAUUCCAGCUAAUAUAAUAAAAGCAACUUGUUUGUAA